CCUACCUCUCAACUCUCAAGUCUCAAGUAGUCUCCCCUUAACCAAACACCCGGCAGCCGGAGCCGGUCUAGCUUCUUGACUUUCUUUUCCCCUACCAAAGCCCUUCCCAAAUUCGACCUGGGAAUCGCCACAAUCUGAUCAUCGUCAUUUCUUCACUGUGUCGCCAUGGCUUCUAAUGGAGCUUCUCCGGGGGCGGAAAACACAAAGACCAGCUUAGAGAAGAUCAAACGGCAGCUGGCUUCCGGGUCGGGUCGCAAUUUGCUCCAGGGUCCUCUUCUGAAACGAUCCGAGACUUUGAGAAAAUGGAAUGAAAGAUGGGUGAUCUUAGACCCUACAACCGGAAAAAUGGAAUACAAGGCCAAAAGGAAUGAACCAACAACUAAGGGGGCCAUUUUAUUUGAUGCAAAUAGCACAAUAACCAUAUCACCUAUGAAUAUCCAUGGGCUUCCUAAAUAUGAUGGCUGUUGUUUCUAUAUUGGGACACCACAGAAGAAAGACUACUUCCUCUGUGCAGAAACCCCAGCUGCAGCUAGAGCUUGGGUGUCUACAUUGCAUGCAACACAGCUGGUUUUAAAGGCUCAUAAAGAGGCUGUGAAUUCACUAAGUGGGAAUGGUUCAAGCAAGUUGGGAACAGUUGCCACUGUAGUUGCUGCUGCUAAUUCAACUGCCCUUGAAGCUUCAAAGGAUAUUGAAGCUGCAAUGCAAAUCUCCAUGAGAAAUGCUUUAGGAGCAAUUCGGAUCCAUACACCUGACAGCCCUAUGGAUGAUAUGACAAUUAUGAAGGAGACACUAAAAGUUAAGGACGAAGAGUUGCAAAAUUUGGCUAGGGAACUUCGUGCAAAGGACUCAACAAUAAAAGAACUAGCAGAGAAACUAUCAGAAACUGCUGAAGCUGCAGAGGGUGCUGCUUCUGCAGCUCAUAUAAUGGAUGAGCAAAGGAAAAUUGCAUGUGCCGAGGUCGAGCGUUUAAAAAGAGAUUCAAAACAGCAAUUGGAGUCAUACAUGUCAAAGAUGAGGGAAUUUGAGGAAAAGAUUUCCUCUCUGAUUAAGGAAAGAGAUCAAGCGAUAAAGCACAGAGAUUCAGCAAUCGAGGAAGCACUUUUAUGGCGUAACGAGCUGGGAAAAGCCAGAGAACAUGUGGUCAUAAUGGAAGGAGCUGUAUUUCGGGCAGAAGAAAAGGUCCGGGUGGCCGAGGCUGAUGCUGAAGCUAGAAUAAAGGAUGCAGCACAAAGAGAGGCUGCUGCUGUGAAGGAGAAACAAGAACUCUUGGCUUAUGUGACUAUGCUACAAUCGCAACUUAAAAGGCAACAGGUUAGCGACGCCAAACAAGUGUUUGAGGAGAAAGCCGAGUCUUGCUCAAGUAGUAAUAAUGCUGCUGCUGUUAAUAAUGAUAAUCACCUGGAAACGAAGCAUAUGGAUCCAUCGGAGGAGAACAUGGAUAAAGCUUGUUUGAGUGUGUCGGAUGCUGUGGAACGUGAUAUUCAAGCCACAGAGCCGGCCAUAGCUGAUGUAAGAGAGGUCGGACCGGAAACAGAUGGGAGCAGUUUGGAUAUACCUAUUGUUAUUUCAUCUGCAAACUCAGAUCAAGAGCAAGGAGGCUCAUAGAUAGUUUUUUUAAUAUUUAAUAUUGAUAUAUAUAUAUAUAUGAAAUAGUUAGAGGUUUUUAAAGAAAAUGUUGGAAAUUUU